CUCUAUUUUGAGGAAGGCAGAGGACCAAAUGGCUGGAUUAUGGGAGAUUCUGGGUACCCUCUGAAACCCUUUCUAAUAAUGACACCAAUCGAGAAUGAACUAACACCAGCUGAAAGACGGUACAACAGAGCACACAAAAAAUGUAGAGCUAAACAAGAUCGACUUUAUGGCGUAUGGAAAAGCAGGUGGAGGUGUCAUGAUGUGAGUGGAGGUUACAUGCAGUACAGACCUGAGAAGGUUGUCCUCUUCAUUAAAGCGACGGCUGUUCUACACAACAUGUGCAGGAUGGCAACAUUACCUGACCCUGACGUUUCUAUUCUGGCUGACCGAGAUCACGUAGAGCCCUUUCAAGGACAACUUCCUACUGCUGGCCCAAUACUCUUAGUACUUUAA